GAUUAGGAAGAAAACAUCCUCGAUCGGCGAGAGAGUCACAAAUCAUCAAUCCUUCCACCGAGCCCGGUGAACGGAGCGGGAGCGGACAGACUCCACGGUUUUUACCGGAGGAGCGACACGGGAAGGAGAUCUGAUUCCCUCGGCGGAUCCGGAGAAGAAAACGGUUUCUGUGCUUAUUGACGAGGCGCAGCAGCACCACAUCUGGCGCAAAGGAAGACAGGAGGAGAGAGAAAGACUCACCCUUACUGCUCUCUCUUCUUCUUCCACCAAGCUUCUUUUAUCCUUUGUUUUCUUCGCCGUGAAGCUGCGCGUCCCAACCUGAGGAUUGCCUGAAAAACACAGGAGAAUAAUUUUUAACUCAGCUGAAUCCACCAAAAACUUUUGCUCCACUUUAAGGUGAAAAGGAAAAGAAUGAGCUUCAGAGUAACUGUUGUGUGAGCUAAGACGGAUUUUGAACUCACCUGUGAAGAAGAAAAAAAAAAAAGAACUUAUUCCAUUCAGUGAAAACAGAAGAGCGCGCUUGGUGAGGCUUUUGCGCCUCUCCGCUCACUGGAGGCAAAGCAGAGCGCAGUGUGUGAUUCGCUGCGUGGCUGAUUUAAAUAGUUCCUAUCAGGCCACGUAAAGGGGAGAAAAGUACCAUCGGCAGCCAACAAAGUGUUUGGCAGAAGGCGCUCGAGCUCGGCUGAUCCGUGCGCUCCAGCCAGCCCUGCAUGAGCCUGAGCCCGUCCCUCCUCCUCCUCCUCCUCCUCGCUGUACAUUAUUACAACAAGGGAGACCCAAUCAAGCACGUAUCUCAUCGAUUCGCGCACACACUAACGCGCACGUGCGCACACGCGAGUGUGUGACUUGCCCCUCAGCGGAUUUUUUCAAAGCGCUCUCGGACAAAAUCUCGUAGCCGCGCCAGGCAAGGCAGGGGCAGCGUGUGGGCGACCAGUCCCGGUCACCUCCUUCUCUCCCUCCUCCUCCUCCUCUUCAAGAAUAACAAACUGAAAAAGCCGCAUGUGUGCGCACUAACAGGACUUGCCAAGGGACGAUUGGAUUUUUAUGAGAUGGUUUCAGGCAGCUGCUUCACCUCUUGGCUUUGAAUCGGAGGGGAGAAGCGAAAGCUCAUGGAUCAGCCCGUAAACUUGCCUGUUGCAGAGUAAAGAGGAUCAGACGGAGGCGCUUUUCAACCUCCCUUCUGUGUUUUUCUACCGCGGAGCCCCCCCUCCCCUCUGUUCCUGCUCCCACCGCGUCCAUCCAAAGCGAGCCGGAGCGGGCGACACAGCGAGCGGCAGAGAGGAGCAGCCAUCCCGGGGGUUCAUCCCCCCCUUUUGAACUUCCUUUCUUUUUUUUUUUUUCUAAUUUUUUUGACUCUCUUCGCUUCUGCUGGCUCUUUCCUCCUCUGAUUCGAAAACUGCACACCCUCCCCUGUAUACACCCUCCCCUCCUCGAUCUAUGUGGGAGCCCUGAGAGCGCACCCAGGGGGGGAAAACUGUGUAUCAAAGCUCUGAGGAUCCCCCAGGCAACCUCGGAUCACCGGGGCCAGAGAAGAACUCCCUGCCGGGCCCCCGCUGCCGACAUGCCGCGGAGGAAGCAGCAAGCGCCCCGGCGCGCCGCAGCAUACGUCCCUGAAGAUGAGAAGGAAGCAGCCCUAUUGGAUGAAGACCUGGACGGUGAUGACUCCGGUCAGGAAAGCGAGGAGCCUGCUACCAAGUUCCUGUGUCAGGACAAGGACUUUCUCCUGAAGGACAGGCCAGGAUCCACUGGCUUCCAUGACUCCCCAAAUGCUGCUGACUUUUCCGGUCAGGAGCUGGACAGCGAGUCUCACCUCAGUGAAUCCAGUGACAGAAUGUCUGAUUUUGAAAGCUCCUCUCUGAAAAAUGAGGAUGACGUCCUCCUCUCUAAAGACCCCUCCAAUGUCCUCUCCCUGUCUUCCUCCUCUGCAAUGACAGCCGUUGCCAACGCCGCCAUCCCUGUAAGCGGAGACGAGGCUGUGACAGCAACAGCAGGGUCUGUGGCUGACAGCCUGGAGAAGAUGAAGGCCAUUUACACCUCUUUCCUGACCAACUCCUAUUGGUCCACACUCAAUCUGAACCUGAGCCAGCCCCCUGCGGAGAAACCCCCUCGUAGUCACAGCAGCAGCAGUAGUAGCAGCAGUAGCAGUAGCUGUGGAAGUGGAGGCUAUGACUGGCACCAGACGGCUAUGGCCAAAACCCUCCAGCAGGCUUCACAGAACCACCAACACAGACUAGGACUGGUUCAGCACCCCACAGUGGCGGUGUCCACAGCAUCAACAGAACCAAACCUCUUUAGCACUGUCCAACUUUACCGGCAGAGCUCCAAGCUGUACGGCUCUAUAUUCACUGGUGCCAGCAAAUUCCGCUGUAAGGACUGCAGUGCGGCCUACGAUACACUGGUGGAGCUCACGGUACACAUGAACGAGACAGGCCACUACCGCGACGAUAACCAUGAGACUGAUAGCGAAGGUGCCAAACGGUGGUCGAAACCCAGAAAGCGUUCCCUACUGGAGAUGGAGGGGAAAGAGGAUGCACAGAAAGUUCUGAAAUGUAUGUACUGUGGGCACUCCUUUGAAUCCCUCCAGGAUCUAAGCGUCCACAUGAUCAAGACUAAACACUACCAGAAAGUGCCUCUGAAAGAGCCUGUUACACCAGUGGCAGCUAAGAUUAUCUCCUCUGCUCGGAAGAGAGCCCCCAUUGACCUAGAUAUCCCCAGCUCACCUGACUCCAACGGAGGGGCCACACCUAAGCCCACUUCCCUUAAUGACUCUAACGACAUACUCCAGAAGGUAACCAAUCCUUACAUAACACCCAACAACCGCUAUGGACACCAGAACGGUGCCAGUUAUGCCUGGCAGUUUGAAUCGAGAAAGUCACAGAUCCUCAAAUGCAUGGAGUGUGGAAGCUCUCAUGACACACUGCAAGAGCUAACAGCUCACAUGAUGGUGACGGGACACUUUAUCAAAGUCACCAACUCUGCUAUUAAGAAAGGCAAGCCCAUUAUUGAGUCAUCCACUCCAACCCCUGUGUCCAAUACCACAGCUGAAGAAAAAGUCCAGUCUGUCCCCCUGGCUGCCACAACCUUCUCCCCUCCACCUGCACCAGUGCCACCACCAACCAGUAUGUCCCCUACUGCCAUGGUUGUGGAGAUAAAAAAGGAGGAGAAGGAGGAGGAAUGUACUAAAGAGCCCAUCAUCAACAAUGGUAACCUUAAAGAAAAGAAGACUGGAGGUGAAGAGGAGGCAGAGGAGAAGUUUGAUAUCUCUUCAAAAUACACUUAUCUGACUGAAGAAGACUUGGAUGAUAGUCCAAAAGGUGGUCUUGACAUCCUAAAGUCCCUGGAGAACACAGUGACGUCAGCCAUCAACAAAGCCCAGAAUGGAGCCCCAAGCUGGGGUGGUUAUCCCAGCAUCCACGCAGCCUACCAGCUCCCAAACAUAAUGAAACUCUCUCUAGGCAACUCUGGGAAGAGCUCCCCCCUGAAAUAUAUCUUCCCUGGAGGUGAGAUCCUCUCCCCCACUGGCAAGAACCAGCCCUUGAUCUCCCCCUCCAGCCGCCAGACCUCCCCGCUACCCAAAAACAACUUCCACGCAAUGGAGGAGCUAGUCAAGAAAGUGACAGAAAAAGUGGCCAAGGUAGAAGAGAAAAUGAGAGAACCAGGCAGUGCUGUGAGGGGAUCUCCUCUGAGAUGUACCACUCCUUCACCCUGCAACAGCGAAGCAGGGGACUCAGCCCGAGGAGAGUCGCCUAAAGAUAAUAGAGCAAGAAGCUGUAAAACUCCUGAGAGUUCAAGUCGAGUGGAAAAGGUAGAAAGUGACGCAACUGGAGCCAGUCACAGAGAUUCAAACGGCGAUAUUUCCAUAAAGCAGUCUGUAGAGAAUGGUGUGGAGUCCAAUGCUGUGGCAUCCCCCUUGCCUAACUCCCUAUGUGGCAGCACAGCUAUCAUCACAGACCAUCCACCUCCAGAACAGCCAUUUGUCAACCCUCUCAGUGCACUGCAGUCAGUAAUGAACGUUCACUUGGGGAAGGCUGCAAAGCCUGCCCUGCCCUCCCUUGACCCCAUGAGCAUGCUGUUCAAGAUGAGCAAUAGCCUGGCAGAGAAAGCAGCAGUGGCUGCUUCCACCCCACCAGCACAAACCAAAAAGCCCAGUAAUGACCACUUAGACCGCUACUUCUACCAGCAACAUCUAAGCAACGAUCAGCCCAUAGAUCUCACCAAAGGCAAAAACGCUGAGAAAAACAGCAGCACUGGCUCUUUGGGUUCAACAGCUCUCUCUUCUACCACCUCCACCCCCUCUUCAAUUUCUCCCUCUGCCACCAUCACAAUGACCAAAGCCUCAGCAGCUGUAGCUUCCUUUAUGUCUACCUCUCCUUUGAGAGAAAAUGCACUGUCCGAUAUCUCUGACAUGUUGAGGAACUUGACGGAGAGUCAGGCUGUCUCGAAAGCUUCCACGCCUACCAGCCUCUCUGAGCGCUCAGAGGUAGAAGGUGUGACACAUGAGGAGACAGAGGAUGUUUCACCAGCCCAGAAACGUAAAGGGCGUCAGUCCAACUGGAACCCUCAACACCUCCUCAUCUUACAAGCCCAGUUUGCUUCCAGUCUGAGGCAAACGAACGACGGAAAGUACAUGAUGUCGGACCUGAGCCCCCAAGAGAGGAUGCACAUCUCCCGUUUCACUGGCCUCUCAAUGACUACGAUAUCACACUGGCUGGCUAAUGUCAAGUACCAGCUGAGGAGAACCGGUGGCACCAAGUUUUUGAAAAACUUGGAUUCAGGCCACCCUGUGUUUUUCUGCAGUGACUGCGCCUCUCAGAUCCGUUCGCCAUCCACUUAUGUCAGCCACUUGGAAUCACACUUGGGUUUCCGCCUGAGAGAUCUGGCCAAACUCUCUGGGGAGCAGCUGCUCAGCCAGAUAUCACAGCAUCACCAUCAACAACAUCACACCAAAGGACUUUCUGAAAAACUGCUUUCAAAUCUGCACCCAUCCAGCCACCCUUUGCCCUCCUCCUUACCCACAUCCCUACCCUCUUCUAUUCCCAUCUCUCUACCCUCGUCCUUAAUCACCUCUCUGCCCUCGAAUGAAUCCCCGUCACCUUCCCCUGACAAUGACGACGACAGCGGCGCCAUGUACCAGUGCAAGCUUUGCAAUCGGACUUUUGCAAGCAAGCAUGCGGUCAAGCUUCACCUGAGCAAAACUCACGGGAAGUCCCCUGAGGACCACCUCAUGUACGUGAGUGAGCUGGAGAAGCAGUAGCACCGGUUAAGGACGAUGCUGAACUCUUUUGUAAUGGCUCACUUUCUUGCUCUCUCUUUUGCAUUUCACGGACAUUUCUUUCGAAGGAAAGAAGGGAUUACUAUACAUUAAUGUGACGGAACUGCACAAAGAUGCCAUACAACUACUGCUUUGAGUUUUGGCACAUGGUUUUCAAUUUUUGUGUAGUUUUUUCCUUUUAUUUGUAUGUGAGGUAACUCACUCCUGCCCAAGACACUUGUGACAGAAUUGAGACUUUUGUGUGCAGAUGGGGACUGUUGUCAUUGAAAAGAUAAAGUAUAUGAAGGUUUAAAAAAUGAGAUUAUAAUAUGAAGUGGUGUGUAUUUUGAAUCUUGUGUAAAUGGAAUUGAGGUCCUUUAUAUUUUGGCAUCACCGGGGUGUGAUAAGAAGCAUGCAUUAAUGAAUCUGUUUGGUUAAACAUUUUAUAACAAAAUCUGGUGCACUUUCCAUUUUCAUUAUUAUUAUUUUAUCCCCCCUGCUCUGUCUUCUUCUUUUUUUGUGCUGGAGUCAGCGUUUAAAUUUAACCCUCUGAGUACGUAAAAGCACUUCUACACCUAUUCAAGAUUGGGAAUUAUGAAGGUAUCCUGAGAAUUAGACAUAUAGAAAAUUAAGUCUAAUCCUGGACAUGAAACAACUUUGCAAUGGCAGAUUUUCUUUAUAACUUCAAGGUUUUCAUCUUGGACUUGAUAUUUGUCUGAGAAAUGCUUGCAAGACUUGACAAAAGCAUUGUAGGUUUGUGAUAAAAAAUAACAGAAACCCUUACUUUGGUUGAUCAGGGACCUACAUUAAUUCAGGUCUGUGUAAAAUAUGUACAUAAAAUGUAAUUCCUGUCUAAAUUAUGCAUCAUUUUUAUAUUUUUAAUUUAAAGGGAUUAUGACUAUCUGCUGGUGCACAGUAUAUGAAGACGUGAAAUAAAUUGUUUUGCACAAUAGUUUUAUAAAUGUGUUAUUUAAUUAAAGGGUGUGGAAAAAGAUAGGUAGCAAAAGGAUGACAACAGGUGAUUCUUUUUAUCCCCAACUCGUGCUCAAAGGGUUAAAGACUGUUUUUUUACCAGACACUACUCUUACAUGUGCCGCUGUAUGAAAAGAUAUUGAAGGUUGUACAAAAAGAUGUGACUUUAUGAAGAUAUUUCACAUGUAAACUGUUAUUUAUAAGCACUCUUGGUUGUUUCAUAUUGUUGAAUGCCUUUUUCAGUUGGUCCUAUGUUGUUUUUUUAUUUCUGUUCUGCCUAAUUACUCUGCCAUGAUUCCACACUGCAGCUUUAUCUUUUUGGGAUAUGAAAGGUAACCAUGGUUACACUAACCUCUUGAGUGACAAGUUCUGCUACAUUUUUGGCAGUUAAUUUGCUGAAGUAACUGACAGCUGCCAGUGUAGAGAAAUAAGAAAAAAAAAGAAUCUUUAUGUGUAAAAUAUCGGCAUGUAAACAGCACAGAUACUGUAAUGCAUUCUGUGCCGUUUGUCUUUUUCAUUUCGUUCUCUCGUUUUCGGUUGUUGUUGUUCUUGACAAUGAUCCCCCAUUAUAUGACUUCAUAUAACCUUGUUUUCUACUGCAGCAUUA